AUGAACUGCUUCGCUCUUUUGUCGAUGUUGUUUCUCUUCUCUCAGGCAUGGGCUUUGAAAUACACCGAUUGUGGUUCAAAAACAGGAAAAAUUAAAGAGGUUUACCUUAGCGGUUGUGAAGACAGCGACGUCUGUGAGCUAAAACGUGGAGAAACCUACACUUAUAAACUAUCUUUUGAAUCGAUGACCGAAAGUGAGUCUUUGAAAGCAGUGGUCCAUGGAGUCGUAGGUGGAGUUUCCAUGCCCUAUCCAAUUCCGAACUCAGAUGCAUGUGAAGAGGAAGGCGUUGAUUGCCCGAUUGAAUCCGGAAAGACUUACAGUUACGGAAAUGAAAUCGAAGUUCGCCAGUCGUAUCCUUCCGUUCGGGCUGAUGUGAAAUGGCAACUUAAGGAUGCAAGCAACAAAGACGUUGUAUGUGUACUUAUCCCUGUUAAAAUUGUUUAA